GUUACCUAACUGCAUCAAAGCAACCCUUUUAACGAUUUCAAUCAUUUUCAUUGGAUACGCCUAUGUGGUUAAAUACCUACCUACUUUGCUCAUCGUACAUAUCGUACACGUUGCUUCCUGCACUUCGUCACCCUGCAUUGAUAGCCUAUCUCACCAACUCACUAAAAAGUCCCUUGGCGCUCAGCAGAUAUGCCCCUGACGAUAAAUGGAACAACAGCCAGAGGUGGAAAUAUUAGUCCAUAUCGGCGCUCCAAGCAGAGCAGUCGAUGAUACUCGGUACCGGUCUCUGACUACCUCCUAUCUGGAGUUUCAGCCAGCGUGCCGUGUUGAACUGUUUAGUCAGGCUCCCUCUAGCCUAGACGGAAACGAUGGCAACUAUAAAGUAGAUGGUCAGGGAAUUCUGCAGGAACCCUUCAGGGACACCUUCUCAAGCCAACCAUCAAGUGAGCCUCUUGGCACCCUCAAAUCGCUCCAAGCCUCGUUUCAGAGUGUUCUCGACAAUGCAGGCUCACCUCGCGUCCCCCAAAGAUGUAUUCCCGAAAAUGAGUCAGCGAGCACCGGCGGAGGGAUGACGAUGCCGAUGGCACAAUCACCAUGGCAAAGCCCAUCCAGCGUAGUGCAAGAUUCAUUCUUGGAAAACCAUAUCAACAUCUCUGAUUUAACAUCUCCUACAAGAGUUUUAGAGCAUUACCUUCAGCAUUUUGAUUCUCCGUCGACAGGUCCAACUGCUUCUCAAAGGAGCAGCAACAGUACCUCCCGUGGCGGCGCUUCUCGAAAUUCCGUUCAUCCUAGGUCUAUAGACAGAUACUCAGCCCCUUCAGUGCCAUGCACACCCUCAGUUGUGCCUUGUACGCCUCCAGGCAAGCCCCUUUCUUCCCUUGGGGUUUUAUCUAGAAGGGCCUGCGCAAUAGAGCACCGUGGGGGAUUAGACCAACAAAAUCAACAAGAGGCCUCACAAUCGCAAGACGAGGUAACCAGUGAUGAUAUCGUUGAGGAAACCAUUAUGGAGUCAUCGUCAGACCCCCAGUCUGUCGCUAGAGCCGAUUCCGAACCAGCACCAACUAAACGACAUGGGUCAAGCUCAAUUUUAAGCUCGCGAGCUCUACUAAGAGCAGCCAGCGACAUUGGUCCGAGGCCAUCUUCUCACCAGAAGUCAUCGGUCCUAACAGUUAGCUUCCUAAGUGACCAUGGCUACACUUACGACAGUCUAGAGCUGCGAGCGCCAGAUCCCUCUAUCUCUAUGACGGAGGUCGAGCCGGACAACUUCAUCACACCUGGGCUAGAAAGGCUAGCCCAGGACCUAAAUAUCCCGAAACGGUAUAGGCCAAAAGAAACGAAAAGAGACCUACGCCCCUUUGAACGUGGGUAUUGGCUUGUGGAUUGUUCGGCUUGGGAUUCGCAACUCAAGCGAGACGCCUGGGCGUAUCUGGCAAACUACGUCGGAACCGGGGUUGCGGGAUGGGGUAUAUGGUGUAGGAGGGAUUCAGAUUUCCGGUGGCUUCGGGUUUACUGUUGGGGUUUAGUGACCGCCCAUGUUUACUUACUAUUAUACUUGGCUAGCCAGCGCAAGAUCCUCUAUACUGGGAGCUCUUGGGUUGAUAGCGACGGCAUUCCGAUCAUUGUAAUGGAAACAAGAGACUAGAUAGCAUAACUGGAGAUUCGAGUUGUGACGAGACAAAAAUCCUGGGUAACGGCGUUUAGGAUGUUAUUUCAAGGAUAGAUACCCUUAGGCCGGCUUAACCAAAUUGAUGGCCAAUACGAUUCAUUUAAACGAGUUCUCUUAUUUGACGCCCAUCUAGCCUCCUUUAUAGCCAUUGCUAGCGCACCUGUUAAACAGCGGAACAUUCCCAGACGGGUAUGUGUAUAAGGAAACGGAGAGUAAAUACUGCUUAAGCAAGGAGAAUUAUAGUACAUUCCGUUUUCAACGGCCAACCAUCGUCAAAGU